AUGUACCUCACGUCCUUCGUCAACGACAUGAAGGGCCCCCAGAACCUGCUCGAGGAGCCCGUCGCCGUCGCGAACGUCAUCAACACGCCGACGGUGAUGCACGGCGGCGACAAGGUCAUCUACAUGACGGGCACGACGCGCUUCAACAUCAACGGCACGGCCUUCCGCGCCAAGGCCAUGGCCCUCACCUUCGAGCCGCCCCUCGUCAAGGACGUCGACUACAUCCUCCAGGGCAUCAACUACACGAUCACGUCCGCGUCGAAGUCGCAGCUGAGCCUCGCGCUGACGCCCGGCUCCAAGUGGCGCCUCAACCCGGCGAACCUGCCGGGCAAUUUGGUGCUCAUGGCCGUCAACGCCGGCGCGGGCCUCGUGCCCGUGGGCCCCACGGAGAUGAAGAAGGGCCGCGUCGUCGCCACCGUCUUCGAGAACCCGUCGAUCGCGCCGAACCCGAACAAGGUCGUCUACCAGACGCACACGCACGAGCUCUGGAUCACGGGCACGGGCUUCACGCGCGGCGCCUACUCGACGCGCGUCGACUUCGACCCGCCCCUCCUCUUCGGCGUCGACUACGUCAUGAUGGUCUUCAACCGGACGCACGCGCUCGUGUCCUUGAUGGACGGCCGCAAGUGGGCGCCGGGCACGGGCAUCCUGCGUGUCAUCGGCAUCGACACGGGCGCCGGCGCCUACAAGGACUUCAAGCCCGUCGCCGUCGCGCACGUCGCCGUCGACGCGGACGACCACCCGAGCGGCCUGACCGUGACGCGGACGGCGUCGCAGAUCCUCUACCAGACCGCGGCGAUCCGCAAGCUGCUCAUCCAGGGCUCGAACUUCUGCGCGUCGCCCGAGCUCACGUUCCAGCCGCCCCUGGCGCUCAACAGCGACUACAAGAUCACGCGCGCGCAGGCGGGCCAGCUCACGCUGAGCCUCCAGAAGCACAAGAAGUGGCGCUACGAGGCCGGGCCCCUCUACCUCACGGCGCUCAAGUGCGGCAGCGACGCCAUCGAGCUCGCCUACGGCCAGGGCAUCGUCGUGGCCACGGUCCUCGCGGACCCGACCAUCGAGAUGAGCGAGCGGAAGAUCUACGCGACGCACACGAAGCGAUUGAUCGUCCAGGGCAGCGGCUUCAGCCUCGACGGCACGGAGCUCACGCUGCGGCCGACGAGCCGCGCGUCCUACGAGGUCGAGUCCGUGGAGAUGGCCGAGAUGGUGCUGCUGCUGAAGGACGGCAAGUCCUGGGCGCCGCUCGGCGAGUCGUCGAGCCCCGUGAGCGUCUACGUGACCAAGGUCGACACGGGCGCGGGCGAGGUCGUCAUGGAGGACGACGGCGCCGUCAUCGCCCGCGUCUACCCGGACCCGUCGGGCGCCGUCUGCGACGACUCCUGCGAGUGGGCCCUCGACGGCGUCUGCGACGACGGGAGCAGCCAGGGCCGGACGUGGUUCGACGACGACUACGGCGGCUUCUACGCCUACGACGACGACUACUACGGCGGCUACGGCUACUACUACUACGACGACGACGACGACUUCCUCGCGCCCGUCUGCGAGGCGGGCACGGACUGCACGGACUGCGGCGGCCUCGACCCCGAGGCGCCGAGCGGCGUCGACUGCUCGAACGCGUGCCAGUGGGCCAACGACGGCUACUGCGACGACACGCGGACGUCGGGGCUCUGCGACCUGGGCACGGACUGCCACGACUGCGGGCCCGCGUCCGAGGGCAACUUCACGACCUGGGACGACGACGGCUGGUGGGACGACGACGAGAACUACUGGGACGACGACUACGACUUCGAGAACUACGACGCGCUCGACGACGAGCCCCACGUCGCCUUCAUCAAGUCCACGCCCAACCCGAAGACGAAGAAGAGCGACAUGCAGGAGUCCAAGGGCGUCGGCGGCAUCUUCAUGAUGCUCCUCGAGGGCGUCGUCGUCGGCAUCGGCUGCGUCAUGUGCGCCGUGGGCAGCUGGUUCGCGCACAAGUUCUACAAGGGCGACAAGCUCCCCUUCGAGCUCCUGGCGCCGCCGUCCGCCGAGGACGAGCUCGAGAUGGCCAAGUCCGCCGGCCGCGCGGCCGUCCCCAUCACGCCGGACGUCGCCUACACGGGCAAGUAG